AUGGGAAAGUCGCAUAGCAAAGUGCAGACGAAAAAGCGUGCAAACAAAAAACUGACACCGGAGGAGGUACAGGCACUCGAGAACGUUACAUACUUCUCUCGCAAAGAACUCAAAAAAUGGUACAAAGAUUUUGUACGAGACUGUCCAAGUGGAGAAUUGAAAAUGGAUGAGUUUCAAGGAAUCUACAAACAGUUUUUCCCCAACGGCGAUCCCUCGAAAUUCGCCGCUUUUGUAUUCAACGUCUUUGAUGAUAAUCAUGACGGUCACAUUUCCUUCAGCGAGUUUAUCGCGGCUCUUUCAAUCACGUCCCGCGGAACAUUGGAUGAAAAACUAGAUUGGGCGUUCUCACUAUACGACGUGGACAAAGAUGGGUUUAUUACAAAAGAUGAGAUGGCGGAUAUUGUGGAUGCAAUUUAUAGUAUGAUUGGAAACAUGUUGGAACUCCCGAAAGAUGAAGACACACCACAGAAACGUGUAGAAAAGAUUUUCACCAACAUGGAUAAGAAUCUUGAUGGGCAACUAACUAGAGAAGAAUUCAAGGAAGGCUCGAAAGCAGACCCGUGGAUUGUUCAAGCUCUCACUAUGGACAUCUCCAGUUAA